AUGUUAUAUACACAAGGUACGCAAUCGCCGUUGGACAAAGACGAGUACUUUCUCUGCCACUUGGCUACGGGCGACAUCUUGCGCGCUGCUGUAGCUGCUGGCACCGACAUAGGCAAAAAGAUCAAAGCCGCGAUGGAGUCGGGCGCACUUGUGACCGACGAGAUUGUCGUCGGUAUCAUUAAGGACGCCAUCAAGAGUUCGGAAUGCCGUCGUGGCUUUAUUCUUGACGGCUUUCCACGAACGGUCGUGCAGGCCAAAAAGUCCUCGCAACUAAAUUUGUACCUGCUGGCCUUCAAUGAUGUCUCUUGCGCUGGCUGGGCGUACGUGUUUUACCUAACAGUGAAAAUGGUCCUCAAGGCGCGUGAAGGUGGCGAUCUGGACUGGAGCCAACUGGCAAAAAUCACGUGGGACGCUGUGUCAAUCAAAUCUUAA